AUGAAGCGUGCUUUCAUGGCGUUUGGUGGCUCCGCAAGAGUCUGUCUAGGUCAAAACCUGGCGCGCAUGGAGCUUCUUCACGCUGUAGCACGGUUCUUCCGCGCGUGCCCGACCGCUAGAAUCGCAGACAGCAUGAAAGAUAAGGACGCCACGAUGGUAGAUUUCUUUGUGAUCAAGCCAGCUUGCGGAGCCAUGGAGAUCACCCUCGAUCAAGAGCAAUGA